AUGCAAUCGAGUCCUCGAACAGUGUCGAUUCUUGUUAAUAAUCUCGAACAACGACUAAAAAACCUUCAAACCUCACGUCUUCAUGAAGAACAAGCAUUAAAUGAUUCUGAAUCUCUCGUUAAUGAAUGUUUCAAUCAUUUAAAUCGCAUUACCUCAUCGUCUGAUUCAACAUUGGUUGCAUUUCUUUUUCCAUGUCUUCUUCAAAUCAGUGUAACGAUGUCGAAGAUUUGUGCCGAGAAUUCCGAUACGAUUCCAUCUUCUUCGCGAGAUCAAUUGACAGCAAAUACAAAGACAUUAUACAAUCAAAUAAAAGAAUUCAUCAAAUCACCUAGCACUGCAACAUUAAUGAGUAAAUCACCUGAACAACGGCAUUUUUGCGAACAAUUACAUCUGAUUACAGAUUCAAUAACUAAUUUCGACCCGAUAACCACCUUAUUUUGUCAAAAACUUCUUGUUAAAACAUUAACUGGCGGUGACGAACCACAAAUACUAUCUCAAAUGAAACUCGAUGAUACUAGCGACAGUUUAAUUCUAGCUGUUUACAGUAGUACAUUGAAACAGAUGUCCAGUGUAUAUGCCAAACACUUUCGCGAGAAGUCAGACACAAAUAGAGAAAUGGCAACGAUUAAGAUGUUUGGUGUGUAUUUUCAAAUGCUGCAGAAAUUACUUCAAUAUUAUCAUAUUACACCUCAAAUUGAAAGUUACCAUGAUUUGUUUCGCACUAUGCUUCAAUUACAUCACUGUCUUGCAGCCACAUGUCAACAGAAUCGUUAUCAACUGGAAUUUUUCAACAAUAGUAUACCAUUACAAGAAAUUCUUCACAAUUUCAUCGAUUAUUCACUUUCAAACACUUCAAAGUUAUUCUUUGAUGAAUUAUCUCUCGAAUUGUCGUCUGGUAAAUGUAAAUAUGCUGCACUAAUCUUACUAUUUCGCAUUAUCGAAGCACUCGACACAAUAUUAACUAAACAAUCAAGUGAUCUAUCUAUUCAUCUCAUUCAUCUCUUGAUCUCUCAUCUAUUUGACAUCAUCGAUCAAUGUCGAACACAACUUAUUCUACCUGCACUUCUUCCCGUAUCUUUCGGUAAAACUCAAGUUGAAUAUGGUAGUCUGUAUGAUAUAGCGUAUUCUCUUCUGAUGCGACUAUCUCACCAUGAACCUCUGCAAACAGUCCUAUCGUCAAUGAAUCACCUUCUUCAACUCAAUGAUGUUAAUCUAUCGAUAACUUCAACAUCUGUUCAAUUAGCAAGCGAAGUCAUUAUUCAAUCUUGGUUUCUACGGUAUCCUUCAGCACAAUUCCAAUCAAUUUUUGGUUUAUUUCUUGCUGAACUCCUUCGACUAGAUAUUCAUUCAAAUUUAAUCAGUCAGCUAUUAGCAAUGCCUCAUAUACGUACAGUUAAAUAUCAUGCUUAUGAUGCUCUAGUAGCCUCAAAUACAUUUCAUCGGAUCUACGAUUUCUACUCGAAUAACUGUUCAAAAGAACCGAUUACAAAUUCAACUAAUCUAUCGUUAAUAUUUCCAAGCACCAUCGAUCAUCUCUAUCCAUUCGUACGUUUGUUCAAUACGGAACUGAAUUCCCAUCAAUUACAACAUUCGAUUGAUACAUGUAUUUCUUCCAUUCAACAGUUUCUCUCCUUGCCAAUGAUUACUGAGAUAACUUCGAAGAACUUCGUCCUCACAUUACGUCUUCUAACUUGCCUACCCAACACGAACACGAAUGAUAGUUUCAAAUGUCUACUUGGUCAACUAACACAAAUAUGCAUUCUACUCGAUGAACAAACUGCCAAUGAUAUUCGAUUAGAACUUUUACGUGUUUUCACUACUCAUUCAAGUAUUCUCGAUGAUAAUGAUCUCGGCAGAUUAUUGGAUUUUAUGUUAACAACAACAAUUGAAUCGAAUGCGAAUUCAAUUGCGUUUCAUCUUGCCUGUUUAGAUGUCGUCGAUUCAUUACGUCAAAGACAAUCACGUAGUGCGAACAUCACAGAUCUGAUUAUUCAAUUGAUCGUUCGAUAUGGAAAUGAACAUCAAUGCAGUCAUCUACUCAAAGCUCAUCUCAUGCGAAUCUUUCUGACAUAUAUGUCAAAUGGCAGCGACGAUUCCAUACCAGUACGCGUCAAAUCACAAUGUAUUCUCUUACGAGCUAAUAUUGAUGAAUUUGAGAAAAGUAAAAAGAACUUGGAAACAGCAGCCAGCUGUUUUCCGGACGAGAAUAUCCUGAAAAUCCUCGAUCGAACAAGCUCGACGACAAAACCAACUUCCAUCGUCAAUGAUCAUGAUGUCAAACUGAAAUUUUAUCAAACUCUCGUCAGUGAACUCGAAUUUCGUCAGCACUCAACAUCGACAGAGAACUCUAAUGCAAUGCAACAAGACUAG